UUAGACCAGCUUUGUUAGGGUGCACGUCUAAGAUAUCUCCUGAUUUUUACAGACAAGAUGGAAAACGUUUCCAUUGACAGUUUAAUCCUGAAGCUCCACGAUGUGAACGCGGUGAAAUUUGGAGAAUACAAGCUGAAGAGCGGCAUGCUGACACCCAUUUAUAUCGACCUGAGGGUUCUCGUGUCCUACCCAGCGCUCAUGAACCAGGUGUCAAGUCUCAUUUACCAGCGAGUGCAAGAAGAGGGACUGCAGUUUGACUCAGUGUGUGGGGUUCCAUACACAGCCCUGCCUUUGGCCACAAUCAUCUGUUCUAGACAUGAACUACCCAUGCUCAUCAGGAGAAAGGAGGCCAAGGACUAUGGAACCAAGCGUCUGGUGGAGGGCUCAUUUCAGGACGGGGACAUAUGCCUGAUCAUCGAGGACACAGUGACCACUGGCAGCAGCAUCCUGGAGACUGCUGAAGUGCUCAACAAAGAGGGACUGAAGGUGACAGAUGCCAUAGUACUAAUGGACAGAGAGCAAGGCGGUGUGGAUAUGUUGGCUUCUCAGGGAAUCAAGCUCCAUCCCAUCAUCUCCAUGUUCAAGCUGCUCAACGUGCUGCUGGCAGCUGAACGCAUCGACGCUCAAACUGCCCAGAAUGUCCGCAAGUUCAUCCAGGACAACAACACGUUCAGGCCCAAGGAGAACGGCAAUAUGGUUCCUGCCACCAAGAAGCCAUGUAUGGAACAGAACAUUGAGCUGAGCUACGCAGACAGAGCCAAACUACCCAACGUCCACCCUCUGGCGUCAAAGCUGCUGAAGACCAUGGAGGAGAAGCAGUCUAACGUCUGUGUGUCCGCCGACGUGACGAGCAGCGAGGAGCUUCUUCAGCUAGCCGACUCUCUGGGUCCCAGCAUCUGCAUGCUGAAGACCCAUGUAGACAUCCUAAAGGACUACACAGUGGCCUUCAGCCAGAGACUGCAGGCUUUGGCGGAGAAACAUAACUUCCUCAUCUUUGAAGAUCGCAAGUUUGCUGACAUUGGGAACACAGUCAAGCAUCAGUAUGAAGGUGGUUUGUACCAGAUCUCGUCUUGGUCCCACAUAGUGAAUGCCCACGGGGUGCCGGGGCCCGGGGUUGUGAAGGGCCUGAGUGCUGUAGGAAAGCCUCUGGGCCGAGGCUGUUUACUCAUAGCACAGAUGAGCUCCCAGGGGUCACUGGCUACUGGUGAAUACACAAAGGCUGUGCUGAAGAUGGCAGAGGAGCAGUCAGACUUUGUGAUCGGCUUUAUCUGUGGCUCUAAGAUCACCAAGAGGCCAGAGUUCAUCCACAUGACCCCCGGGGUGCAGAUGCAGGCUGGAGGUGAUGGGUUGGGCCAGCAGUACUCCACCCCAGAGGAAGUCCUCUACAACAAAGGCUCUGAUGUCAUCAUCGUCGGUCGGGGUAUCCUGGAGGCCCCUGAUAGGCUGAAAGCUGUUGAAUCAUACAGAAAGUCCGGCUGGGAGGCUUACACAAAGAGACUGGGCCAGAGUGGCCAAUAGGAGCUCAACAAAAAAGUCGCAUCUGCAUCAUUACGUCUAGUUUCAAAUUUAUCCCACGACUCUAAAGGACCUCUGCGGAUUACCUUUAAAUAUAUUUCUCUUUUACACCAGUGUGGCCAUAGUUGUUUAAAUAGAAACAUGCAGACAUUUGCAGGAGUGGGGAACCGGACACUUUACUGUUGAACAUAUGUAAAUGCUCUCUCUCUUUUGAUUCUGUCCUAUUAAUAAGCUGCAUUAACUGUGUUCUUCUGAUUCCCUCCUAUUAAUAAACUGCACAACUUGACCUGAAGUGCAGGUACUUUAUGAUCAGGUUUCAACAGAAUAAGGAGGUUUUAGUAUUCCGUUAAGUAAGAUUUCAGUCCUUCUGUCCACGUCUAACCAUGCAGAGUUGGAGAUAAGAUGUGGAUUACCUAGAACGGCUAGUUUUUUUUUUUUUUUUUUUUUUAUGAUUUGGCUCCUAAACUCCCAAAGUCACCUGAUUUGUUUUUCAAAGCAGAAGGUGUCAUUUCCUUGACAACGACUACUGCUUCCAGUCAGGCUGAAGCUUUUCUUUGUCACAAAUAAGAGUGGGAAUGGCUAUUACUUCAUGAAUUCAGGGCAUUUUCCAGUACACAUUUGUCCAAUUUAGAUAUUAAGCAUCACUUUUUAACAUGAUCACAGACAUACUAAUAACUGCAAGGCAGUCUCUUUUAACUCCAAAACAUCUGUCAUGUUGAGCUCCAGCUUCACAAAGUAUCAAGUUGAUUUUAAACUUGUAUGUACAGUUAGUUAAUUUCAUAGCAAAUGGAACAGCAUGGUCAGUUACGAUUCAGUAAUAGACGAUGGGUUUUAAAUGUUUUGACUGUUGUCCAGACUUGAUUAUGCUUUUAUAGGGAACACUUAAUGUAAUGAAUUUCAUAGGUCAACUACAAAAGGAUGGCUUUUGAUGUACCUGAUUGAUUGUAAUUCCCUGAAGAGAAUAUGACAAAACAUUGUCAAGUCAAGACAUUGGACUUUAAGUCCAAUGUCUGCCGUCCAUAUUGCUAACAAUGCUGAGGUGUGGCAAUCCUUUUUCUAAAGUGAUAUGAAUUUGGUUAUAAUGUGACAUGAUCAGUAAUCUUGUCUCUCCAAGAAGAGUAGAUAAACAAGUUUUGCUUAGACAAAAGAGAAUUGCCUUUAUUUUGUGACACCUCCCUUUAAAAGUAUUUAUUUUGUAUGCGGUGUGUCCUGGAGCCAUGGCAGUGGUGCUGUUAUUGCUAGGUCUAAAUGCAGUGAAAUGGCUUCAUGGUAUUCUUAAUGGUAUUCCUUUGUUUGAUUUAAGGGAUACAUGUUUUAUCUAAUGGAAACCUUGUUUGGCUUUUUCCCUCCACGUACUUUGCAUUUUGACUUCAAUAAAUCAUUUGUUGAAUGAAAA